AUGAGUGACCUCACAAAGCCUCCAAGCGAGGAGAUCUUAAAUGAGAAAUGGGAUCUGUGUAUAUCGAAUUUUCUCGUUAAAAGUGGAAUUGGACUAAGUGUUGGCAUUGUUGCGUCUGCUCUAUUAUUUAAGCGUCGCACAUGGCCGAUGGCAUUAACCACUGGGUUUGGCAUAGGGGUCGCAUAUGCUGACUGUCAGCGCACCUUUAACCCUAUCGAUUUACCCGGUAUAAGACUUGUCAAAAAUUCAAAGAAGUAG